AUGGCUGAUAAGCAUCAAAUGUGUCUGUUGGGACGGAUCAUUCUCUGUGCACUUCUCACAGGUAUCAGUGGAGCAGACGUGACUCAAGUGUUCUUCAGUUCUGGUGAAGAUGUCCAUCUGUCCUGUAAUAAAGCUCUUUCUGGCUGUACAUCAACUACAUGGAUCUAUGGCAGACCGUCAGAGACAGUUGAACUGAUUACUUUAGGAAUAAAGAAGACUGACACAGAGAGACACGAGAGACUGAGUCUGGACUCUGAUUGCUCUCUGAACAUCAAGAAAGUCACAAAAGAAGAUCGUGGACAUUACUCCUGCAGACAAUAUGUGAAUAAAACACAACAAGGAGCUGAUGCACAAGUUUUUCUGCAUGUUCUUCAUGUGUCUUCAUCAUCCUCACAGUCUGAGACCAGAUCAGGCCGCUCUCUGACUCUCUCCUGUCAGUUAUAUUAUGAUGAUCGAGUCUCUUGUGAUACUUUAGUCCGUUCUGAGGGUCUUGAUCUGAUCUGGGUGAAUCAGGCCGGUGUGAAUCUGCACACAGACUCCAGAUUUCAGAUCUCAUUCUCCUCAGAACAGUGUCUCAUCUCUCUGACUACAACACUCCUGGAUGAAGAUCACAACAGAGAGUGGAGAUGUCAGCUUAAACACAGAGAUCAACUGAAGACCUCAGCCACAUAUACUGUCAAGUAUCCAACUCCAAGCGAAACAAAGCCACCGUCUCCAGUCACCAGCUCUAAAUCAGCUGCAGCUCCUACACAAGCAGCUUCAGCUGAUUCAACACUGAUUCCAGUCAGCAGCUCAAACUCUGAGAAGAAAUCCAGUCAAACUACAGCAGCUUCUCCAGAACAAGAGACACAGACUCCUCAAACCCCCGAGACAACAGCUACACAGAGAGGUAUCAGUGGCGCAGAAGUGACUCUUGUGUUCUUCAGUUCUGGUGAAGAUGUCCAUCUGUCCUGUAAUAAAGCUCUUUCUGGCUGUACAUCAACUACAUGGCUCUAUAGCAGACCGUCAGAGACAGUUGAACUGAUUACUUUAGGAAUAAAGAAGACUGACACAGAGAGACACGAGAGACUGAGUCUGGGCUCUGAUUGCUCUCUGAACAUCAAGAAACUCACAAAAGAAGAUCGUGGACGUUACUCCUGCAGACAAUAUGUGAAUGGACAACAACAAGGAGCUGAUGCACAAGUUUAUCUGCACGUUCUUCAUGUAUCUUCAUCAUCCUCACAGUCUGAGAUCAGAUCAGGCCGCUCUCUGACUCUCUCCUGUCAGUUAUAUUAUUAUGAUCGAGUCUCUUGUGAUACUUCAGUUCGUUCUGAGGGUGUUGAUCUGAUCUGGGUGAAUCAGGCCGGUGUGAAUCUGCACACAGACUCCAGAUUUCAGAUCUCAUUCUCCUCAGAACAGUGUCUCAUCUCUCUGACUACAACACUCCUGAAUGAAGAUCACAACAGAGAGUGGAGAUGUCAGCUUAAACACAGAGAUCAACUGAAGACCUCAGCCACAUAUACUGUCAAGUAUCCAACUCCGAGCGAAACAAAGCCACCGUCUCCAGUCACCAGCUCUAAAUCAGCUGCAGCUCCUACACAAGCAGCUUCAGCUGAUUCAACACUGAUUCCAGUCAGCAGCUCAAACUCUGAGAAGAAAUCAAGUCAAACUACAGCAGCUUCUCCAGAACAAGAGACACAGACUCCUCAAACCCCCGAGACAACAGCUACACAGAGAGUGAUCAUGAUUGUUGCUGCUGCUGUGUUGGCUGUUCUGGUUACUGCUGUUAUUCUUUGGUUGGUUCACAAAAAAAGAGCUGAUAACAGAAAAGGGACUAAUGACUCUGUGGAGCAGAAAGAUGAUGCGACUUAUAAUGAGAUUGACACAAACUGGAAAAUCAGAGCCAAAAAGAACAAGGAGCAGAAAGAUGAUGCGACUUAUACUGAGAUUGACACAAACUGGAAAAUCGGAGACAAAAAUAACAAGGUUCAUGAUGACUAUGAAGUGAUUUAUUCUUUUAUCACACAAGCAACAGUUGAACCUCAGGAUGACUGCAUUUGUGAACUAGAACCAUCAGAAAUAAGUUAAACAGUCAUUAAUUAUACAAAGUCCUCCUAAUAUCAGUCGCAGAGGAAUGUGAACCUU